AUGCCGUCCUUUUCUUGCCAUUCUUUCGUUCGUGCUGCCUCUGAGGAACAUAAACUCACUCUCAGGAUAUGUCACAACCUCGUCCACAAUGACCCGUCAGAAACUGUUUAUAAAAUCAAAGGACGUUUACCAAAGGAGCUGGAUGUCUUGCUGUCUUCAAACUUGACUUUCUCGUUCGAUGGCCUGUCGCAAGGCAAGAAAGUGCCAAAAGAUAUCCUUGCACGCUCUAUAAUUGUUGUAUAUCUUCGAAAUUACCUUCGCGCAGCACGUAAAUUUUCACUUUGCAGGAAUUCCGCUCAACUGGGGCUGUGUACGGUAUCGGACCCUUACGUCGACGAAGAUGGUAUCACUAAAUUCGAUCUUCUUUAUAUCUGGAAGGCUAAACAACCUACAUAUAAGGAUUCUCCCAACUCGGCCGCUUUUUUGGAUGCUGCAAGCCCCUUCUCUUCUCAGAUUUUUCUGCCAAUCGAGUCCAUCCUGCACCGCGUUACUGGUCAGUUUGUUACCUACCAUUUAGUCAGUCGGUACCCUCUGAUAUUUGGGCCUUGGUGCAAGAAUGCAGACGUCUUCUACGGCACAUUCUUUCAUGCGUCUGCAGCUACACUUUUGGCAUGCCAUGGGCAAUUCGAUACGGUAAUCGAUAAUAAUGAGAAACUAAAGUAUACUCUCGACCAUUCCUAUUCGGAUCAGGAGGCUCUUCGCAUGUCUAUGGAGCGAAUUUACAAAAACGGUGUCCCCUGUCCACGCUUCAAGCCCGUUGUCCCCAUUCCGGGGCUAGUUCCUACGGAUACAUCCGAGGAUGGUUCCUUCGACCUCUCACAAGAUUCUUCCUAUGAAAAAGAUCUUCUGGACACCUCAUUUCAUUAUGAAAUUCUCGAUCUCGAACAUUGCCCCACCCCACAAGUUGGAUUCUACGAAGAGCCUAUAGAUCUGCAAUAUCAGUCGAUGGGUUUCUGGACCACUGAGACAGUGGAAAAUGUACUGCGGGACGACAAAAACGAGACGAUACCGGACAUAUCUCUUAUCAAUGACCCUAGUUCUUCUGUUUACUGCACGUUACCAUUGCGUGGCUCUCCGCUUGCCGCGUCGGACGAAGGCUUUCAGUAUUCAAACUUGGCUUCAAAUCCAUCAUGCUCCUCGCAGUCAUGGGGCCAUGACACCUUGGAAGAUGCCGGAAACUGGACUUCUAACGCUUCUUCGUUAACGCAAGGUUCACAUCACCUGACGUACCCACGGACACCUUCGCCCUCAAACGUAACAGGUCUAUUCACUAGCGAAGUCCAGGAGGGUAUUUUGCUCGGUUUGGAUAGCCCAAUCGAUAAUUGCUUGACGGAGGACUCGGACUCGGACUCGGAUCUACUCAUCGACUCAGAUGACAUGUCACCACCUUAUUCAUUAGCAGACUGUCAAAAUUGCUCCCUUGGCCAUCGAUUAUCCUGCAGUUGCAGAUCACCGGACGUCCCUCUGGGAAUGUAUGACACUACUAGGACCGCAGCAAGUCCAUUUAGCGAUUCACACUCCAAUGCAAACACCUUCUUUCAGGGACUGGAAAGAGGUAACACGCCAGGCGAAGGCUACUCCGUCGAAUUUCUUGAUUUUGAUAUUGAACUCUAG